AUGAGCUCGAAGUUUGCGAAUCGAAGAAAGCCCCGGAAGGUUGGCGGAGAGGAUUCAGAGGAGGAGGAUGGCGGUGCAACAUCAGAACCUGUUGUCAAACGACCGCUCAAGUCAAAAGCGAAGCCUAAAUCCAAAUUGAACCUCUCGUUUGGCCCAGACGAAACUUCCAUGACCGAAGAUGGAGGACAGGAAAGCGAGGUCGUUGUCCCAAAAAGACAUGGCCUGGGCCGAAAAGCCGUGGAGCGAAGCACACUUCAACGUAACUUGACACCGUCAGGAGGAUUAGAGACACAUUCUGCGUGGGUUGGUCACGACCGAGAUCGGCCCAGCUAUAGCCGCGAAUACCUGAAAGAGCUUCAGGAAUCGACACCCUCAACUCCAAAGACCAGCACGGACGAUGAGAGGGACAGAACGGUCGAUGUGGCCGCCAAAUUCGGCGAGUUAAUGACCGUUUCGGGUCCAUCGGCUAUUCCAAGCGAAGCAGAAAUCCGCGAAAAGAAGGCUCGGCGCGCGCGGCUGGCGUUGGAACACGGCGCCUCCAAAGAGGACGAUUUCAUCUCGCUUGAGGACAACAUCGGCAGUGAUGAUGAUUGGGACGCGAUAGCACGAGGCGAAAAGAUACCGGAGAAAGAAACGGAUACGCGACUGGUUCACGACGAUGAGGAUUUCGCCGAAGGGUUUGAUGAGUACGUGGAAGACGGAAAAAUCUCACUUGGGCGGAAAGCAGAGCGUGAGCAACAGCGCAAACAGCGCGAUGCGAUGCGUGAGCUCAUCGAAGAGGCCGAAGGGCUUUCUGACGAGGAAGAUUCGGAUAUCGAAGAGAAAGCGGCAUAUGAGGCUACUCAGACGAAAGCCGCAAUCGGCAGCGGUCGGGCUGAUGGCAUUGACAGGCCGCGCACGCCUCCGAAGAUGACUUCGCUGCCCAAAUUAGCUACCAGUCUCGAAAGGUUGCGUACGACUCUCGCAUCGAUGGAGACGGCCAAGACGCAGAUGAUCAGCAGAAUGGAAGACCUGCGUAAGGAAAAAGAAGAAAUCGCCAUACGCGAGGUGGAGAUCCAAGCCUUGAUCAAAGAAGCUGGUGACAACUAUGAGCGACUCAAGAAAGAAGCGGGCGUCGACUCUGCUGCCGAUGCAUCGGAAGGUGCGCUGGUGAAGCGUGGCCUCGAAAGCAUCGGUGCUCCCAUGGCAACGUCCGACUCCAGCUCCACAGAGCCAUGA